CGACGGUUGGGCGUGACACUUUUCAUCAACGUACGUUGGUCGCGACUGGCCAUUUUCCCCCUUUCUUUCCUUUUUUCCUUACCGAGCACACUCUUGACCUGGAGGUUGAACAAGAUGAGGAAUGCGUGAAUUUCCGGCAGCCGAUCCUGAACCUUUUGGAGUGUCGCGCACUUUGUCUUUCACACCUCCUAGGCCGUGCUUCCCACAGAAAUUCACUCAUCUUCAUUCCGAGGCAGUAUCAUGGGUCUCUUCACGUCCUUAGCAGUGGUAAUUCCACUUCUCACUCUCGCUUUCACACUCCACUCGCUGGUUUGCCUGCUGCGCAACUACCUAGUCGCCCGGAAGCUCGGUAUCCCAGUACGCAUAAUCCCCGUGGAUCAUAUCAAUCCACUAUGGUCAAUCGUCAGCCAGCAGGUCGUGGCCCUGCUUAGAAGGCUACCCUUCGGGUUGGGUGAUAACAAUAUCACCAAAUACAACUACAUGGGCUUCGAGAUCCCGCUGAGAUGGAAAAGCCAUCAAGAGAUGGGCGACGCCUUCGUGCUGUGCUCACCAGCUAGGAACUGGCUUUAUCUGGGUAAUCCGGACGACAUUACAGCCAUGUUGAAACGGAACAAUGACUUCCCUCACGACUCUGAACUUACAGCAAUGCUCGAUGUCUUCGGGCCUAACAUAUCUACAGCCCAAGGCGCAGAUUGGAAAAAGAUGCGCAAGCUCAUAGCAUCUUGCUUCAUCGACCAGAACUUCGAAAUCGUCUGGCGGGAGAGCGUCUCCCAGGCGGUUGACAUGGGCCGCUACUGGGGCUCCCGCCAGUCCGUUGAGACGGUUGCCCACGACACCCGCACACUCUCUCUGAACGUGAUGUCCAGGGUAGGCUUCGGCAAGUCGUAUGAGUUCAGCGGCCAUCACGAGGCGAAGGUCGCGGUCGAGGGCACCUCACUGAGCUACAAGGAUGCGCUCCAGACCAUCCUAGAGAACAGCAUCGUGAUCAUGGUGAUGGGCACCAAGUUUCUCGCCAAGCCCUGGCUCCCUCGCUACCUCAGAAACCUUCAUCACGCGUGCACCUCGUUCCAGGGGUACAUGACGCAGCUGUUCGAGGCCGGCAAGAUGAAUGCCUCCCAGGCUGUUGCGUCCGACCGGAAUCUCAUGAACUCACUGGUGCGCGCUUCUCACGAAGGUACUAGUGGCAGUCUGAGUGAAAGGGAGAUAUACGGAAACCUGUUCGUGCUCAACUUCGCUGGCCACGACACCACGGCGCACACCUUUGUAUGGGUGAUGUACUUCCUCGCGGCCAACCCCGAGGUCCAGGAUUGGAUCCACGAGGAGAUACAGCACGUCCUGGGCGGGCGCCCGGAGCCAGACUGGAACUACAAGGCCGACUUCCCCCGUCUGAAGCGCUGCAUAUCCGUGGUCUACGAGUCGCUGCGCUUCUACACGCCCGUCGGCAUGGCGAAGUGGACAGCCGAGGGCUCGCCCGCGCUCCAGGUAGGCGACAAGACGCUGCUGAUCCCCCCGCGGACAAUGAUCGUCCCCAGCCACGCCUCUGUCCACAGCGAUCCUAGGUACUGGGGGUCGGACUCGCUCGUCUGGCGGCCGUCCCGGUGGAUCAAGCCCGGCGCCGCCGGUCCUGGCGAUAUUGACGGCGAGGAGUUCAUCUCACCCGUCCGUGGGACGUUCCUCCCUUGGUCCGACGGGAUUCGUGACUGCCCGGGCAAGAAGUUCUCUCAGGUUGAGGCCGUUGCUACCCUUGCGGCGUUGUUCAGGGACUGGCGGGUGGACCCUGUCACCAGGCAAGGGGAGGACCUCGGCGACGCGCGGAAGCGGGUGCUGCGUUUCAUUGAGGAAGAUACUGGUAUGAUGCUGCUUGUACAGAUGCUCCAUCCUGAACGCUGCCCUCUUAUCUGGAAGCGGAGGUGACCAGAGCAGCAGCCCAUGUCAUAAUCAAGAGCAU